AAGGAAUUGUGGGUAGCACUCGUUACGUAAACUAUGCUUUGUUACAAAAGAGGAAAAAAAGUUUGGCGACAGGAUUUACAACAUAGACACUGAAACUCCUUACCUUUUCAGGCGGAUUGGGUAUUGUCUUAGCUGAGAUGAGACUAUUUAUCGUUUCACAUUUCCUGAUCUAUCUUUCUGUGAUCCAAUACUCAGACUGUGGAAGUGUCACAUGGUAUGAACCUCUACCGGUUAAGACAGUAUCGAGUGCAGGCGAUGACCCAACUCCAGCAAAGGUAAAGCUUUUUGAAGGAUAUCCUGCAUCUCUAAGCUGGAACUUCAGUUUGACGUCAGUGACUCUUUUUGCGGUGAAUGUAAAGUUUAACGCUGAAAGUCUCGCAUUAAGUGGACCGGGAGGAUCAGGUGCAAAGGUGGCGCCUGCCUUUGAGGAUAAGUUCAAUUUCACUUGGAUUUCCCAACGACUCACUUUGGUUAUCUUCAGUGUGACUGCUGCAUAUGAUGAAAGUAACGGGGAAUUUAGCUGUGAGUUGCUUACUAUGGAAGGAGCGUGGAUUCGUAAGAUUCAAGUGAAAAUUGUUGGUAAGCGUUAAUUACUCUAACUGGAAAUUUAUCAUUUCGAGAGAAUGGAAGUGAGACAAGAAUGCAUAUAAUUAAGAGAGACGCUGCAUAUAAUUAUGAUGAAAGUAAUAAAAAUGCGGCUGAAGUUACCUACUGGGAA